AUGACAGCCUCUAAUAUCGGCAGCGGUCCGGAGAAGAAUUUCAGCACAAAAGAAAAGCGAAAGCUGUGGAAACCCUUGAUAGAGAAGAGACGCAGAGAGAGGAUCAAUUCAAGCCUUGAGCAACUAAAGGGUAUUAUGGUGGAUGCCUACAAUUUGGAUCAAUCUAAAUUAGAGAAGGCAGAUGUUCUCGAGAUAACAGUUCAGUACAUGGAGAACCUUCAAAGAGGUUCAGGUGGUAGCCUCAGUCCAGGCACUGGGUUUGAGUCUCGACAAAGAUACAGUAGCGGCUAUAUUCAGUGCAUGCAUGAGGUGCACAACCUGCUCCUGAGCUGCCCUGGGAUGGACAAGUCUCUGGGUGCUCGUCUGCUAAACCACUUGCUGAAAUCUCUUCCCCAUAUCAGCACCGAAGCCGGCAGCACGAGUUCUGUUGGCACUCCCAGCCCUCUUCCUCGAAUCCUGACACAAUCCCCUCUAAACCUGCCCUCUUUACAUCCCCACCCUCUCCACCUGCACACCCCUCCAACUCCUUCCCCACCCUCCAGCCCUCCUCACUCUCCCAGAGUCCCACUGAUUAGAGAGAGACCACACGAACAGUCCUCUCCCCCCAGGUCUCCUUCCCCUCAGUCUCCAGCACAAUCAGCCCUUUCCCCUUUCUUUCCAGAAGCCGAUCCCUCCAUGUGGAGACCCUGGUGA